CCGGCACUCCGCAAGCGAGGACGCGAUCCGGGAGCCUGUGAGGCGUGCGGAACGGAGCGCCGCCGUCACGCAGCGGUGCGGCGCGGUGCGUCUCUCGUCCCCUUCGCAGGCGCACAAGAAGGGAGCGGUUUCCGUCACGGCCGUGGCCCCGCCUUUCCUUUGCCUCGCUCGCGGCCGUGGGCGCCGUUGGGCGGUGGCGGCUCGAGCCGCGAACGGACCGCUGUAGAAGUCGGCGGCGGGUGGUGACUCGACGGACGCCGCUCCGGCCCUUCCCGCGCGCGCGCGCGCGCCCUCAACAUGCCAUGGGGAACAGCUGGGCGGCGCAGUGGUGCUGCUGGCUCUUUCCGAGGCGACAAGCGGGACGGCUCCAGAGAGGAGGAGGAGGAGGCGGGAAAAUAACUAAAGCCAACAUACUUGUGUCAGAAGAGAUCAACCCUGACUGCUCUUUAGAAGGCCAGAUACUGAAGAUGAAACUCAAAUACUUUGGCCACCUAAUGAGAAGGAAGGACUCCCUGGAGAAGAGCCUAAGGCUGGGAACAAUAGAUGGCAAAAGAAGAAGGGGACGGCAGAGAAUGAGAUCAAAAUACUUUAGAACAUGCCCAGCAGGAGAACAUUUCACUAUAGAGUUUGAGAAUUUAGUGGAAAGUGAUGAGGGUGAAAGUCCAGGAAGCAGCCAAAGACCAUUGACUGAAGAAGAAAUUGCUGAUCUAAGAGAAAGGCACUAUAAUUCUAUUGCUGAAAAACAAAGAACAUUAGAUGAUAAGAUUCAGGCAGAGUUAGCCAUACAAGAGGAGAAGUUAAGAAUAGAAGAGGAGACUUUAUAUGCUGCGCAGCGUGAAGCAGCCAGGGCAGCAAAGCAGAGAAAGCUCUUGGAGCAACGAAGGCUACAGAAGCUAGCACAAAGAACAAACAAUGGAGAUACCCAAAGCUCAACAACAGAAGAAGAUUUAGAUACUUACCUGAGAAAUGUUAAACCACAGUAUGAAGCUUUUCGGAGUAGCAGACUCUCAUCAGAUGCUACUGUUCUGACACCAAAUACAGAGAGCAGUUGUGACUUAAUGACCAAAACCAAAUCAACGAGUGGAAAUGAUGACAGUAAUUCCUUAGAUUUAGAAUGGGAAGAUGAAGAAGGUAUGAACAGAAUGAUCCCAUUGCAAGAACGCUCAAAAACUGAAGAAGAUAUACUGCGGGCAGCAUUAAAAUUUAGCAGCAAGAAAACUGGAAGUAAUCCAGCUUCUGCCUCAGAUGACUCUAAUGGUUUGGAAUGGGAGAAUGAUUUUGUUAGUGCAGAAAUGGAUGAUAAUGGCAACUCAGAGUAUGCUGGAUUUGUAAACCCUGUUUUGGAACUGUCUGCAUCAGAGAAACAUUCUGAUGCUGAUCGACAAGACAGAUAAUGAAAUCAUUACCUACAACCAUUACCUACAAAUCUUUAUUGUGCACAAUCUUCCCAAUAAUUGCUGCUGCACAGUCUCCUUAAAAUAAGGACGUUGCACAGUGAUCGAACUUGGUGAACUGAGUUCUGGAUUACUUCUAGAAAAAGAAGGCAACCAUGCUAUGAAGUAUAUCAGGUAAAGAAUAAGAGUAUGGUUUGUUAUCUGAAUUCAAAAUUGUAAGUGCAAUUUUAAGAUCUACCUUUGAACUUAUAUGAAAGUACUCGAUGACUAUAUUGUGUCUGUUCUUGGGUUUUAACAUACAGUUGUAUGCACUUAAAUGAAUCAUUGCAUUUUGAUGUUUUAAUUGGUUUUCUUUUAAAAUAUUAACAUGAGCGUACUUCUAGGACAUUUGUUUAACACCUUAUUUGAUAAAAUAGACAGCAAUUUUAUGUUUACUUUUCCAUGUUAAGUUUGUUCUAAAUAGUGAAUUCACAAUAGUGAAUUUUACACAUGACACGGACCUUUAUCUCUUUUCAUUUUAUUACAUAAUAAAAAUUAUCAGAUUUCAAGCACAGUGCCUCUCACACUUAAGAAGAGGUUGUCAAAAGCAUCACGUAAGACAGGAUGAGCUAUGAAUAAAGUAUGAUUUUAAAAAAACUUUGAAAACAUCUGUGUUUAAAAACUGGAUGCUCUAAUGAAAGUUUUUUGUAAGUUUAGAGAAGCUGUCCAGUUUUAACCAACUUAAAUGCCAAAUGCUGCUAAUAUAAAGGUUUUAAUUGUGUAUGUCUUUCAAGUUGUACAAAAUUAAUUCUGUAACUGCAAUUAAUUAACAGUUGCUAACAUAAUAGUAACUGAUCUUAAUAGCUAAAACUUGAAAAAUAGUGCUUGUCUGACGUGGAAAACGGAAAGCGUGAUUCCUUUCUGUGGAUGUAUUAAUGCAAAUUGAUAUUCCAGAUUCAAAUAUAUUUUUCCCAAGUGUGUAAAACAUUCCAUACAUGUGAUUAAGAUUAGUGAUAAAAGCAGUAACUUAAUCAAGUUUAAUUACUGUUGAAAGAUGAAGAAUGAUGUUGCUUAUAUUUAUUUUUAUUAUAAAAAUCCUUUGUGUAUUAAUUCUCAAGAGAACUUAUUGUUGGUUAUCAAUUUUUGGCUACGUGUGAGGUUGCAGGAAAAAAACCUACCUUUCUGUGAAAUAGUUUUAAUGAUUGGAGGGUUGUUUUUCUGAAAAGAAAUCAUCUUUGGGGUGGUGCUUGCUCUUUAAUAGAUUAUCUGGGUCUGCCACACAAAUGUUUGAGAUAUAACAAACCUGAAUAUUGCAUAGUUCAGCAGUAGUAUUGGGGAGCAGCAGUACUUAUUUGCAUGAUUGCUUCAUUUUUGAAUCCUGGUUUACACACUGUGCUUCUAUUCCUAGUUUAGGGACUUCUCCUUUCUAAAAGGCUCUUGUGGUGUACAUAUAAGAAUUAAGCUAUGCAGUUAAGCUGUACAAAUAGCACUGUGGCUUUAGGCAGCAGCAGCAGCUCUACAGCAAAAAGGAAAAACAGCAGCCUAGAAUUUAAUUGAUCAGCAUUAGUUCAGCUGUAUAUUUCCUGCUAAAACACUGCCAACAGUGGCAAUUUUUUGUUACAGCCAAACAAACUGCAAACUAACCAAUAAUGGCAACACUUGGACUCAGCUUCAGCAUCUGACCCUCUUGUCCUAUAAUGGGACUUCAUUGGUCUAAAUUUAUGAUCAUUCUUUUUCAUAGCCUCCCUCAACCUGAUGCAUUUUGGUCUACAACACCUAUUAUCCUCAGCCAACAUGACUGAGGUAUUAUGGAAGUUGCAGUCCAAAACAUUUAAAGGGCUCCAGGUUCAGGAAGACUGUUCUUGAUUUUUCUGACUUGUUUACCUUUUGUUGCUCCAAUUAUCAAGACUACUUUAUAGAACUUGAUUCCAGACUCAGAAUGUUCACUUUUUAACAUACUACUCACUGUUCCAAUAAUACAUUAUUAGAUGUUCAGUAGUCAAUAGCAGUAAACAAUUUACCAGAUGCUUGUAUGGUCAUUUCAACUCAUGUAAUUUGCCAGGCUCACUACAGAUUGAUUUAUUUCCCCGUGCCUUUUAUAUUUACAGAAAGACAGAUAUUGACCACAUGUAUAUAUGUCAACUUCCACAGCUUACCUUUUUCAUAUAUUGGAUUUCUUGAAUGGAAACUUUACUGCUAUAUGUUGAGCUCAACAUUUCAAUGCUUGUAAUAUCCUUUAUUAUAAGAGAUUUGUACACUUCAAAUGUAUAUUUUGGUUUGACAUAAGCUAAUGUGUCUCUUCUUGAUUUUGUCCUGUUAUUAGUCCUUAAAAUUUAAAUUUCUCAAGCUGUGAAUAAAUUUUUUACACACUUGAAACUUAGCAUACUAUUACUGCUUAUAUUGGAAACUGAACAUUACACUUUCUAUUCUUCCUGUUUUUGAGAGAACAGCUUGAGUUAGUAGAUGUGCCUUGCUAAAGUUCACUUUAUAGGAUUGUUUCACCUUGAUUCCGUCAAUCAUCUAGUUAAUUAAUGAACUUCAGAUUGUAUAUGGUACCCGCCCCCCUCUCUGAUAACUCAAAUUUCUAGCAACAUAAAAAAGCAAUAAAGCUUCUUAAUUUAAAA